AUGCCCAGAUAUGCACUGGCAAAUAAUCUAUAUAGAGGUCAUCUUCCUACUGAAUUUUGUGACCUUACAUGGGUUGAAGAGAUGGCAUGUGCUAUUUAUCAUAUCACUGCCCAUGUAACCCGUUUGUAUGGAUCUUCAGAACCUGGACAGCCAAAGAUUUUUCAUGGAAACACCAUAACACAUGAUAUAACUCCUGCAGACAUCACUGGGUAUCUCUCAGUUGUAUUUAUUGGACCUCAUAAAAUCAAAGCCAGUGACCUGGGCAAUACAUUCAGAGUGCAAAAAGCCAAAAUAUGGCAUUUUCUUCUUUGGUUGAAGCACCAUAACAAAUUAUAUGAGCAGAUCCUGUUGGAUCAGAGUAACAUAGAUCAAUUUCCAGAUGAUGGUGUUCUUCCUGGUGUUGAUGCUCAAUUCAUCCAAGACAUUCACCAAAAAAGUGUAUCUGACCCAGAAGGAGACAGCAUUAGUAGUUGUACCACUAAAAGCGGAGUUUAA